UGCUUUCAUCUACAAUACUAUCAUCAGAGGCUACUUGCAACGCCAACAACCUGCUCAAUGCAUCCUUUUCUACUUGUUAAUGUUGCAAGACUCUGUUCUUCCUAAUAAAUUCACUUUCCCUUGUCUCAUAAGAGCCUGUUCGGUCGAUGGUGCUAUUCGACAAGGGACGCAAAUCCAUGCCGGCAUCUUCAAAUUCGGGUUCGCGGUUUUGUCGAAACAAUUUGAUUCAUAUGUAUGUGAAUUUCAGGGCCUUGGAAGAUGCUAGGAAGGUUUUUGACAAGAUGCCUGGGAAUAAGAGAGAAGUUGUUUCGUGGACUACUUUGAUAAGUGGGUAUGCUCAAUUGGGUCUCGUCGAUGCGGCUGUCGAGAUUUUCGAGCUGAUGCCGGAGAGGAAUUCGGUUUCUUGGAAUGCCAUGAUUGCUGCUUAUGUGCAGAGCAAUCGCUUCCACGAGGCUUUUGGUUUGUUUAAUAGGAUGAGGGCUGAGAAGGUGGUGCUGGAUAAGUAUCUGGCAGCUAGUAUGUUAUCGGCAUGUACCGGUUUAGGAGCUCUCGAACAAGGCGAGUGGAUACAUGAAUAUAUACAAAACAAAGAGAUCGAACUGGAUUCGAAACUUGCGACGACCAUUUUCGAUAUGCACUGCAAAUGCAGGUGCUUGGAGAAAGAUUAUGAAACUUUUAAAGGUCUUACUUGUAAAGGGAUUUCUUCAUGGAAUUGCAUGAUUGGGGGCUUUGCUAUGCAUGGAAAAGGAGAAGCUGCCAUUGCCAUUUUCAAGGAAAUGGAGAAGGAAGGAGUCGGUUCCGAUGACAUAACCUUUGUGAAUAUCCUUGGUGCAUGUUCUCAUUCAGGGUUGAUCGAGGAGGGUCAUUAUUACUUCCGGUACAUGACUGAAGUUCACGGAAUAGAACCCCGAAUGGAGCAUUAUGGAUGCAUGGUUGAUUUGCUUGGAAGGGCUGGAUUACUAGCUGAAGCCAAAACGCUAAUUGAUCAAAUGCCAAUGAGCCCCGAUGUAGGUGUACUAGGUGCCCUUUUCGGAGCAUGUAGGAUCCAUGGAAAUAUCGAGUUGGGAGAGGAGAUAGGCAAGAGAGUAAUAGAGCUGGAGCCGGACAACAGUGGACGCUACGUGUUAUUGGCCAAUAUGUAUGCCGAUGCCGGCAGAUGGGAAGACGUGGCUAACGUGAGGAGAAUGAUGAACGAGAGGGGAGUGAAGAAAGUUCCUGGUUUCUCCGUCAUUGAAUUACAAGGUGAAGUUAAUGAAUUUAUAGCAGGAGGAAGGGACCAUCCUGAGAGUAAAGAGAUAUACACGAAAGCUGACUAGAUGCUCGAAUGUAUUCGAGCUGUCGGGUACGUCCCUUCGGAAGGGAACGAUACAAGAGCUUGAUGAGGAAGAGGAAAAGGAGAAUCCUUUGGCCUAUCACAGCGAGAAUCCAUUGCCUUCGGAUUGUUGAAGACG